AUGAAACGAUUAUUUGAUGAAACUGAAUCAAUAAUUAAACGUCAUUGUCUUCUUAUUUCUUUCUUAUCAACAUCAGAUGAAAUCAAUGAACCUGACGAAGAAAUCAUUAUUAAUGAACAUAUUAAUUCAUUAAAUAGUCAAAAUGAUCAUAAUGAUAGUAUUGAAAUUAUACCUGAAAAUAUGAAUAGUACAUGUCAACAAACUGAUCAUAGAAUGAUAAUACUUUCAGAUUCUGAUUCAGAUGAUAAUCAAAUCAUUGAUGUAACUGAUAAUAAUAAUUUUUUAUCAAGAAUACCAACAAUCAAUACAUUAAUAUCAUCACCUCAUAAUGAAUUAAUCGAAAAUAAUGAAACAAAUAUUGAAAAUAUUCAUGAAUUAAUUGAUUUAACAGAUGAUGAAUCAAAUUCUUCUUAUUGUUCAUCGAAUAAACUUGAAUGUCAAUCAUCAAUUGAUAUUGAAGAAUGUCCAAUAUGUUUAGAAACUUUUACUGAUUUACAAUAUACAGGUGUUUAUUUAAUAAUUACACAAUGUAGUCAUAUUAUGUGUACAUUAUGUAGUCGUCAGUUAUUAGCUAUAUCAUCUCGAUGUCCAUUAUGUCGAGAGAAUAUUAAUUCAAAUACACUUAUACCAUAUUGUAUAAUGGCUCUUGCUACUAUCCAAGCAUCAUAUCAUGAUGAUGAUGAUGAUAAUGAGAAAAGUACAACAAUAAUACGUGAAGAGAAAAUCGCUGAUCAAGUAGCCGUAAUAACAGAUCCAACAUUUUCUGUUAUGUCACGAAUUAAACUUGAUUUAGCACCCGUUAUUGCCAUUCAGCCAACAGAUACAAGUAGUUUUCUCGAUAUUAAAACAAGAGAAGUUUUAUAUAAUCCAAAAUUUGAAGAUAUGUAUGCACCGGUAGUAAUUUGGUCCAAUAAAUCCAAAUUUGCCCCACAACAACAACGUAGUUAUAAGAAUCUAUUAAAUGGUUAUGCAGAAUCGACAACAUUAAGUGAUUUUCAAUUUGAAAAUCAACGACGAACAUUCGAUAGUUUUGGUUAUGCAGCAGAUCCAAGUCUUGGAGAUUAUAAUAUAUUACAAAUGAUUGGUGAUCAAACUAGUGCUGAAAUAAAUCAAGGCAUGACUAUAUUUGAAAAAACAAGUAAAAAACGUUCUGAUGAAAAACUAAAAAAAGAAAAGAAUAAUGAUCCAAGUGAUGUCGAAGGUUUUCAUGGUCCAUGGGCUCCAUUUGUCGAUGAAAUUACUGUAUCACGUCCAUCUGAAGAAGAACAAAAAGAAAUCGAUGAAUAUCUAGCGAAAAAACGCAAAUCUAAACGACCUACAUUUGAAGAUCGUAAUGCACCAAUGUCUACUCGUGAUCCUGAAUCAACAACAUUGAAUAACGAACCUGAAGAUUCAUCAUCAACAACAUUACAUAUUAAAGAUCCAUAUGAUUAUCAAGGUCGAUCAUUUCUUCAUAUACCACAAGAUGUUGGUGUUAAUCUACGUUCAGAACAUGGACCACAACGAUGUUUUAUUCCAAAACAAUGUAUACAUAUAUACAAAGGACAUACAAAAGCUGUACAAAAAAUUCAUUAUUUUCCUGUUUCUGCUCAUCUUUUUCUUACUUGUUCAAUGGAUUGCAAAGUUAAAUUGUGGGGAUUUUAUAAUGAACGUCGUUGUAUUCGAACAUAUGCUGGACAUAGUCAAGCUGUACGUGAUGUUAAUUUUAAUAAUACAGGCACUGAAUUUCUUUCUGCUUCAUAUGAUAAAAUGUUUGAUAUUCGAAGUGGUCAUGUUGUACGAGAAUAUGAUCGACAUUUAGGUGCUAUUAAUACUGUUACAUUUUGUUGA